AAAAAUCUCCUAACAUGUCGCCACCGCCACCACCCGAGCUGAUAACAUACAAACGAACGAAGGUCUUCCCUAUUCACGACAAGAGGACGUCCCGCGGUAAGAUAAUAGCACGAAGACGGAACCGAAGGCCGGUCAUUCGGUCGAAGACGACCACCGGCUAAACAAUAGGCAAAAUCGCGACAGAUUUCUUUUCUUUUUCGGGUCCACCACCGGCUUAGCUUAUCAGGUGAUACCGCGUGUGUACGCUUGUCUCGCCGGAUUAAUAAAUACGCAUAGAGAUAAAAAAUAAGUUCGAAAUCGGUUGCCGCGCACUCUUCUUGGAUUCUUUAGGUCCAGGCUGUUCACGGUCGGCAGUUCAAUUCUAAACGAGUUGUCGUCUCGUUGUUUAGUGAUUAGUGAUAAGACAGGUCAACCCGUGCCCAAAGUAAGCAAUUAACUUCAAAGUCGGUUCUCGUGGAAGAGAAGUACACCGAUCGGAUCGCCAUGGAUAUUUUCAAACCACCGGACCAAACCAUGUCAGUGACUAUCAUACUGUUCUACGUGUUCAUCACAGCUUUCAUGCUGCUGUCGUACAACCCAAAGCCCCGCAAAAUACUGGAGUCGAUCAAAAGCUUUCUACUGCAUCUGGUGCAUCUGAGCAAACAUGUCGUUUCGACGACGAUACACGUUCCUCCGGAUGCGGUGCAGAUAAAUCAAACCGAACCGGUGUACACGGUAUGGGACAUCCCGGGACCGAAGCGAUGGCCUCUGGUGGGCACGAAGUGGAUGUACUUCACCGGUCGCUAUAAGCUCAACAAAAUGCACGAUGCUUUCGUGGAUUUGCACAAACGUUAUGGCAACAUCGUGCUGGAAUACGAUCACGUGCCGAUAGUUAAUUUGUUCGAUCGAGCCGACAUGGAGAAGGUGCUGAAAUAUCCCAGCAAGUAUCCGUAUCGUCCUCCGACAGAAAUCGUAGAGUAUUAUAGAAGGAGUCGGCCGGACCGGUUCGCCAGCACCGGGAUUGUGAACACACAAGGCGAACAGUGGCACGAGCUGCGUGUCAAGCUUACCUCAGGAAUCAUGUCCCGGAAGUUGCUGCAGGCGUUUAUUCCAACGCUCAAUGAAAUUGCGGACGAAUUUGUCAACUUGAUUCGGCAGAAACGCGACAGUAACUGCUGCGUGAAGGACUUCCAGGAUAUCGCGAACACCGUUGGACUUGAAAUUAUUUGUUGUUUUGUGCUGGGACGUCGGAUGGGCUACAUGAGUGGAGACAAGCAGAAGAACGAAAAGUUCGUGAAGUUGGCCGAAGCUGUGAAAUCGACCUUCAUGUACAUCAGUCAAAGCUACUACGGAGUGAAGCUGUGGAAGUACUUCCCCACCAAACUGUACCGUGACUAUGUGCGUUGCGAGGAAAUCAUCUAUGACACAAUCGCGGAAAUCGUGAAUGAAGCACUCGCCGAAGAGCAGGGCAAAUGCGCAGAUGAUGAUAUGCGAGGUAUUUUCAUGAACAUUCUUCAAUCCGAGGGGCUGGAUAAGAAGGAUAAGAUUGCCGGGAUUAUUGAUUUGAUUCAUGCUGCCAUUGAAACGUUCUCCAACACCUUUUCGUUCCUGUUGAACAAUAUGACUCACCAUCCGGAACGCCAGGCUCGAAUUGUUUCCGAGUUCACCUCAGACACAAUCACCAAUAAUGACCUGGUGAAUGCGGCCUUUACCAGAGCUUGCAUCAAGGAAUCCUACAGGAUUUCACCCACAACUCCCUGCUUGGCACGAAUCCUCGAGGAAGAUUUCGUCCUCUCGGGUUAUCAUCUGAAAGCUGGGACGGUAGUAUUGUGCCAUACACGAGUAUCCUGCCAAAACGAACAGAACUUCCAACAAGCAAACACUUUUCUACCGGAGCGUUGGCUGGAACAGAUGGACGAAAACCAAAACGUCUACAAACUGGACGAACCGGGUUCGUCGUUGGUGCUCCCAUUCGGAACCGGUCGGCGAAUGUGCCCCGGGAAUAAAAUCAUCGAGAUCGAACUAACGCUCAUAAUGGCAAAGAUAUUCCAACAAUUCGAAGUGGAGUACCAGAGUCCACUGGACACGCAGUUCCAGUUUUUGCUAGCGCCGGCAACGCCCAUUGAGAUUAUUUUUAGAGAUCGCGACUGACCAGCAUUGGAUAUAUUUAGUAUUUAAGUUUACUCAGAUAAUUCCCAUAUCCCUUGGAACAUCCUGAACAACCUGUUAACUAUUGUGAUUAAAUGUUUUAGUGUUAAUGCUACUGUGGAGAGGACAGUACCGUGGUACAAAACAAACGAAGACAAAGCGAUAGAAUCAUAUUGAUUAUUUUUUGUUGAAACAGAUUGUUGAUCUGUGUACUAUUUACAAACGCCGAUUGUUCCCUAAGUGGUCUGAGCAAUUUAAUAUAAUGUACAUCUGCUGCAUAUUAUAGAAUUAUUUUCUAGUGCAUUAAUUUAUUACCUUUGUACAAAUUAUUAAGAUAUAACGAGACUUCACUGAAAGUAAACGUCGAAUCAUAUUCAUA